CGGUCGCCUCGGUGGUAGAAGUGGAAAAAGGAGAAAGUCAGAGGGAGCGAGAUAAAAGAGGGGAAAAGGGUCGAAGCCACUCCUCGCCAAAUCUUCUUCUCGUCGGUCCCCUUUCCCUCUCCGUCUCUCUUCCUUCCUAUCUGUGACCGCACCGACGCCGUUUUUCCGGCGAUCUACUCCUCCGUCGACAUCGGUCGAUUCCGAUCGAGAGUGAAGGAAUUACUCGGCUUCGUCAAAUCUGACCGCCGGUUUGCCGAUCUGCAGAGAAAGGCACCCUCCUCCUUCUCUGCAAUGUCAACCCGAUCUCCUUUCUCCCCAUUCCUUCUCCUCUUCUUCUCUUUCCUCCUCACAUCGCAUGCGGAGAUCCGGUAUAAGGAGGUCAGAUCUGACUCCAGGUCCAUCAUCCCCUUCGACGAGUUCGGCUUCACCCACACGAGCCGCCUGGAACUGAACCUCACGGGCGUCGCCGUCAGCGAACCCGAUGCCGACCUCACGCAGUUGGGCUUCUUCCUCUGCACCCGUGACUCUUGGAUGCACGUCCUUCAGCAGCUUCAGGAGGGGGACAUCCACUGUGCCCUCGAGUCCAACCUCAUCAAGCUCGUCGCCCGACUAUCCAGCUUCAAGGGGGCCUCUUUCUUCAACACCCCCUACGACGUCAACGACGCGAACCAGUUCGCCCUCGUCUUCGCCAACUGCCUCGCCCCCCAGGUCAGUGUCUCUAUGAACGUCCACUCCGCCAUGUACAACCUCGAGGGCAAGAACCCACAGCACCGCGACUACCUCUCCGCCGGCUCCGCCGUCCUCCCUAGGGUUUACUUCUUCUUGUUCCUCGUCUACACCGCUCUUGCCUGUCUCUGGGUCGUCGUCCUCUACAGGAAACGGCUCACCGCCUUCCGGAUCCACUACUUCAUGCUUGCCCUGGUCUUGCUCAAAGCCCUCAACCUGAUCUGUGAGGCGGAGGACAAGUCAUACAUCAAGCGGACGGGAACUGCCCAUGGCUGGGACGUCCUCUUCUACAUCUUCAGCUUCCUCAAGGGGAUUACCCUCUUCACCCUCAUCGUCCUCAUCGGCACUGGCUGGUCCUUCCUCAAACCCUACCUUCAGGACAGGGAGAAGAAGGUCCUGAUGAUCGUGAUCCCUCUCCAAGUCGUUGCCAACAUAGCACAAGUCGUCCUCGAUGAGACCGGGCCGUUCACACAGGACUGGAUCACAUGGAAGCAGGUUUUCCUGCUCGUCGAUGUCAUCUGCUGCUGUGCCGUGCUGUUCCCCAUUGUCUGGUCUAUCAAGAACCUCCGGGAGGCUGCCCGCACCGACGGCAAGGCCGCUGUGAACCUCAUGAAACUUACGCUCUUCCGUCAGUACUACAUCGUGGUCAUCUGCUACAUCUACUUCACCAGGGUCGUCGUAUACGCACUGAUGACCAUCACCUCGUAUAAAUACUCGUGGACCAGCGUCAUCGCCUCCGAGUUCGCGACGCUAGCCUUCUACGUCUUCACGGGGUACAAGUUCCGGCCGGAGGCACACAACCCAUAUUUUGUGAUUGAUGAUGAGGAAGAAGAGGCGGCUGCAGAGGCAUUGAAGCUUGAAGACGAGUUCGAAUUGUGAGUUGACUCAUGCAGGUUGUUACAGUUGCAAAGCUCCUUUCUUUCCUUGGGCGGUGUUGGCAAUCAAAUUGUUGCGAUUUGGGUAUGUGGCAAGGGGCCAACUAUGGGAAUCUUAGGUUCCUUCAUUUGUUUAGCAUGUGAGAUGCGAGGAAUAGGGAAGGAUAAAGAUAGCGUUUUGUUUCAAUGUGGUAUGGUGUUGUUACUACAAUGGUUUCCUUUGUCAUGGAAAAUAUAUUCUCAUUGCUACUUUUGCAUGUACUGAUUUUAUUUUCGGUAUAUAAUUAUUGGUCGCUGUAACUUGAAUUGGGACGGUUGGAGAUUGGGUUGAAAUGCUAUCCAGUUUGGAGGGUUUUAGUUGUUUGUA